CAAAACUUUAACCACUUCAAUGGCUUCCUAGCCACUGCUGAGAGCUGGCUGCACCUCCAGCACCAUCGUCAAUUUAAUAACUUUUUUAUUUUCAGCGCUUGAAACCGAUGUUAUAGGCGCGCGGAUUAUAUCUACUUCUUGCUAAUUGUGGAUUUGCACAAAUAUAAUUUAAGAUCCGACUGGUAUGCAGCACGUUUUGGCGAGAAGUGGUUAAAUUAGUGUCUUGUCUAGCGACUUGUAACCCCCCUCUUCUCUCUCGGCGCUGGUUUCGUCUGGCUCGCCCCCAGUUGCUGCAUUUGUCCCGGGAUGACCUGUUGAUGUCUGUAACGUUAAAGAUGGAGUAUGAAGGGGGAGCGACACCCCCGCCCCCAUCCCAAAAUAUUUAAAUAAAAAAUAUUUAUACGGAUAUAUAGCUAUCCGAUGCACGACCCGAUUUGAGAUUUAUAUGUACCGAAUACGUUUAAAACAUCUGUAAUAAUCGACAGCUUGCUAGAUAGAGAGGUGCCGGGCGUAGCGCCAUGGCUCAGACGCUGCAGAUGGCCAUCCCCAACUUCGGCAACAGCGUGCUGGAGUGUCUGAACGAGCAGCGGCUGCAGGGCCUGUACUGCGACGUGUCGGUGGUGGUCAAGGGCCACGCCUUCAAGGCCCACCGCGCUGUGCUGGCGGCCAGCAGCUCCUACUUCCGGGACCUCUUCAACUCGGGGAGCAAGAGCGCGGUGGUGGAGCUGCCCCCGGCCGUGCAGCCGCAGAGCUUCCAGCAGAUCCUGUCCUUCUGCUACACGGGCCGGCUCAGCAUGAACGUGGGCGACCAGUUCCUGCUCAUGUACACGGCCGGCUUCCUGCAGAUCCAGCAGAUCAUGGAGAAGGGCACCGAGUUCUUCCUCAAGGUCAGCUCCCCCAGCUGCGACUCGCAGGGGCUGCACGCCGAGGAGACCCCGCCCUCCGAGCCCCAGAGCCCCGUCACUCAGACCUCCGGGGGCGGGGCUGGGGGCGCGGGGGCGGCGGGAGGGGCCGCCACGGGGGCCGGCCGCCCCGCCUCCUGCCUGACCCCGCUCCCCCUGGUGUCCCGCGUCAAGAUGGAGCAGCAGGAGGGCUCGUCUUACUCGGUGGUCUGCACCCCCGUGGCCAAGAGACUGUGGGAGGGGGGCAGCCGGGAGGGGGGCGGAGGCUCGGGCGGGGGAGGGGGCGGGGGCAUGCGCAAGGCCGCCCGCUUCUCGCAGGAGUCGGCCAGGGGCAGCGCCAUUCAGCCGCAGGGCGGGGCAGGGGGCGCCCACGGAGGCGGGGGCACCAACGGGAACAGCAACAACGCCACCUCUGAGAGCACCAGCCCCGGCAACCUGAGCGCCUACACCAGCGACUCCCCCACCUCCUUCCACGACGACGAGGAGGAGGAGGAGGUCCCCGACGACGGCACAGAGGAGCAGUACCGGCAGAUCUGCAACAUGUACACCAUGUACAGCAUGCUCAACGUGGGGGCGGCAGCGGCCGGCGAGCGCGUGGACGCCCUGCCUGAUCACAUGACCUCGGACACCCGGGGGAGGAUGCGCGUGCGGCAGGAACUGGCCUCGCUGCCCGCCGAGCUCAUCACCCAGAUCGGCAACCGCUGCCACCCUAAACUGUACGAGGAGGGAGACCCCGCGGAGAAGCUGGAGCUGGUCUCAGGCACCAGCGUCUUCAUCACUCGAGCCCAGCUGAUGAACUGUCACGUGAGCGCAGGGACUCGACACAAAGUACUACUGAGGAGAUUGUUGGCGUCUUUCUUCGACAGGAACACUCUGGCCAACAGCUGCGGCACAGGGAUCCGCUCCUCCACCAAUGACCCGAGCCGCAAGCCGCUGGACAGCAGAGUGCUGCACGCAGUCAAGUUCUACUGUCAGAACUUCGCCACGAGCUUCAAGGAGAGCGAGAUGAACGCCAUCGCGGCGGACAUGUGCACCAACGCGCGGCGCGUGGUGCGGAAGAGCUGGAUCCCCAAGCUGAAGCUGCUGAUGGCGGAGGGCGACGCCUACUCCAGCUUCCUGCCCGACACGGUCAAGAUGGAGGCGGACGGGAUGGGCGGGGAGCACGGGUUCGAGGCGGGGGGCUUGGAGGCGGCGGCUUCUGCGGAGGCGGGGGCCUCCAACGAGUCUCUGCAGGGAGUGGGUGGAGACGGCAGCACUUUGUUUUAGUAAGUGACCCUCCCCCCCCUCCCCCUCCCCCUCCCACUUUCCUGUGUACACACCCCAUCUCCCAUAGCACUCCAUCCCUACCCCCACCCUAAGCCAAUCAUGUGACCCGGAGUUGAGAUGUCCCUGCUUGGGGGGGAGGGGAGUGGGUGGGAUGAUGGGUGAUGAUGUUUAUUUUAAAACAGAAGUAGAGAUUAACCCACCCCUUGAGCAGAGUCUGCGCCCCCCGCCCCCCUCCAGGCCGGCUUAUAAAGCCGGUCCAUUCUGUGCAGUGCUUGGGGGGGUCGGUUAGCCCCCUCAGAGGUGCUUGUCGGCCCUUCCCCUCUCCAAAUCGACAGAACACAUUCCCUUACGAGAGGGUGGGGCCCGACGGGUGGGCGGGAGGGGCCAUGGGAGGGGCCAGCGGGGGGAAGGGGGCGGGGCCAGCAUGUAUGAUAAACACUGUCCUGAUUUUGAAUGUAUCGGCGUACGGCUGCGAUGUGGGAUUGUAUUCUGCCCUCUGCUGAGCAACACUAGAGAGGCCAGGGGCUCCAGGAGCCUCGCUGGCCGUAUGCCCCUGCAGAGCUGGGUGGAUCCAUCUGUCAGUCUGUCUGUCAGUCACUCUCUCUGUCUGUCAGAAAGAAUUCCCAAACCCCCCUUACCUCUCCCUCCCCACCACCCAAGUUCACGUAUCGACCACAAAAUUGACCAUUUUUUCUUAAGUUUGAUUAUAAUUUGUUUUUUUUUGGUUUUUGUUUAAUUUUCUUUCUUUUUUUUCCUUUAAAAAUUUUUUAAAAAACAUUUGUGCUUAUUUCUUUGUAUGUAACAUUGCCAAGGAUUCCAGGAGAGAGUAGAGGUUACUGAAGACUGUAAAGAAACGGGACGGAAAAAGACUGACAUAUUUUUAAAAUAUAUUUAACUAUAUACAUAUAUAUUUUAUGUGUAUAGAGGGGUAAAAAAUAGAGGGAUUGUUUUAAAAUCUCGUUUUUCGGACUGAAAUGUUUUGUGAAGUUUUAUUCCCACUAAAGAAUUUAAGUGAGUGACAAAAGGCAAAUAUUUUUGCAUUAGCAAAACAUAUCCAAAUAUUUUUGUUUUGGUCUUUUUUUUUUGUUGUUGGAUGCAUGCGUGUGUGUGUUUCAGAGAGGGAAAGGGAAAGUGUGUGCGUGCGUGAGAGAGAGAGAGAGAGUAGGCAGAUGUUUGAAGACAUGCCUCAUUUCACUGUGCGAUUCCAUUUUGGGUGGGCUCAGGGGUGUCCCCAGAACGCUGUCCCAGGGGUUACCAAGAGACCCGGGACACAGACGAACCUGGGGGGGGGGGGCAUGCAUAGCCAUGCACAACCGCCCUGGUCUGCUGUCCUGCCCCUUUCUGUUCAGACAUCCAUUUAAAGUGCGCUCAGCCCACAGUUCGUGUGUACUAAAGAAACAUUGGGGUUUUUGUGUAGCCUCAGACAGACCCCCUGGCCAGGAGAUGCCUGCUUACGACUGCGCGCUAUUCCGAGAGGAAUGCUGCUUGAGCUCGGGCUAGGCUAAGAUAUGGUAAUUACAGCAUGAGUUUGUGCUGCUGUUGGGAAAUUUUCACUUUGCACAUAUGGGAAUACGAGUGGUGAGAGAACUCUGAAAUCAGCCGCUGCAGAAGAGCGCACCACAAAAAAACCUACCAAAAAAAAAAAAAAACCCCCCGUAAUAUAAUUUAGAGGGCUGAGUGAAAUCUGCCUUGAGAAACAUGAAGUCCACUACCCCCUGGAGACAGGUGGUUGGAGUGCCCUGAUUGGUCAGUGGAGCCCGGUUUAGACAGCAGUUACUCCAAACACACCUGGUGGUGCGUCCUGCGCUGCUGGAAUGGUGGUCAGUGACCCCUCCCCUCAGGUCUCUGUACCAGGAGUCGAGCAACCCCCUGCUCCACAGCGCCCCCUGUCUGCAGGAGCCUGGCUCCGCAGCAGCACAUUUUUGAAAAGGUCAUAGAUUUGCACCUGGGUAACGGAACGCCAUCAAGGGAAAGCACCUGGGCUUCAAAAGGCUUGGGAUGCAUUAACUGAGGCUUCUCCCCCCACAAAUAAUGUAACUGUAAAAUAAAAUAAAUGAUCAUGUUAGGGGUCAGCCUUAGGAUCUUCACCCCCUGGCCCUGACAUCAUCACAUGCAACAGCCUUUAAUUUUUCACGUGACUAUAAAUCACCCAGUUAUUGUACUGUUGUGUAUAUACUAUUAUAUAUUUAAAAAAAACUGCUUCAUUCAACGUUGGCUAUAUCAACAUGAAGUGCUCCUGAGCUAUGUAAAUAAAGGCUGACUGUAAUAACAGGGCUAAACAGUUUUUAGGUUUGUUUCCCCGUGAACAGCAACAGGGGUCAAACAUACAUGCGUGAGCUCACUGUUAUUUUUAACAGCUUGGGAACAGAGUGUUGUUUUGAAACCUCACCUCUGGGGCAGGGGGCAGGCGUGUAUUCUGACCCUGCAUGGGUGGAGGGGGGGUUUUAGCUGCACAGCUGGGUUUCAUGUGGCUGAUUUUCACACAUGAGUUGACAGAGUGAGCAUUAGCUUUGCACACAGCUCACAGAUGCUUUAAAAGGAGCUGUUAGCACCUCCAUCUCUCACCCACCCCACCCCACCCCCCCGGUGGGGCGGUCAGGGCACCAGGCAGCCGUGGUGGGUUUGGGGAAGGAGGUAGGCUCUGCCGGGCUUGUUGGGGAUCUCUGCAUGCCUGCAUGUGGGACAGGUUCUCCCUGGAAAGGUGGCGGAAGCAAUGGCAGAACUUUGGCUGCUGUAUACCAGAGAGACUCAGACAAGGUGGUGAGCCUACCAAAAAAGGGCCUUUUUUAAUUUCAGGGCUCUGAAAAGGGUCAAAGGGCCACCCCUGACUAUAAUGCAACAUUAGACUUGGUCCGGGGGGGGGGGGUGAGAGAGAUAUAGAUAGAAGGAUAUAUAUUCCCCACUGAGUGCUACACUGAUGGACAGGUAACCGUGUUGCAGGUGAAGGGUAGUGAGGUGGCCCCUGAGACGGUACUGAGUGAGCAGUCUGGGGGGGGAUUUUAGGAUGUUACUCUGCCACCUUAAAAACACGGUCAGUGUCUGGGUGCUGGUUGUAGUAGCCCAUGGUGGAGAACAAGGUGGAGGUCGUCUAUGGAGUCUUGCACAAGUGCGAAGUCUGUGUGUGUAUGUGUGUGUGCGUAGGUGUGAUUGUGUGUUCACGCCUGGGCUUCUGUGUGCUUCCCUUUUCUGGCAUGUGGGUAGCAUUUUAAUGGAGAAAAACAAAAGGUUGUUUGUUUUGAUGCAAUCAUGUCCUGUGUUGUGUGGGGGUGGGGGUGGGGUGUUGCUUUUGUCUAAAGUGUGUGGGCUUGUUUGGGUUUUGUGUGCAAGCGCGACUCUGCACCGCUAUGUGCUUGUGUGGGGGUGGUGUAUGGACGCAGGGCUAAAGAGGCUGUGUGUGUGUGUGUGUGUGUGUGUGUGUGUGUGUGUGUCCGUGCGUGCGUGCGUGCGUGUGUGUCCGUGCAUGCGUGCGUCCGUCCGUGUGUGCACUGAGGCUUGUUGUGAGCUAUACCCCUACACCAGACAGAAUGAGGUGAUCUGUCUCAGUGAUUCAGGCCCUCAAAGACCAACAGCAGUGAACACACACAGCUGGCAAACAGACACACCAAACAUUGGAAACCAUUAAAAAAAUGCUCUCCUAGCAUUAUUCUUUAAUCUUUUUUUUGAAGAGUCAUUUGGCAUUUUGUGUAUAUGUGUGUGUGUGUGUGUCUCGCUCAGCAGAUGGGUCAUGUGAGGUGGUGGGGGGGUGUGUCUGUCUCAUUCACACCCCUCUGUAAAGCGGGGUGCUGCUCGGCCAGCCAGAGGCUGCGUGAUCAGCGUGAUCAGCGUGCUGGCUUUGUGCAAGCCUCCACGCGCCUCUCCUGUGUGUGUGUGACUCUCCUGUGUGCACCUCUGUCUGUGUGUGACUCUCCUGUGUGCACCUCUGUCUGUGUGUGACUCUCCUGUGUGCGCCUCUGUCUGUGUGUGACUCUCCUGUGUGCACCUCUGUCUGUGUGUGACUCUCCUGUGUGCGCCUGUGUGUGUGUGUGUGUGACUCUCCUGUGUGUGACUCUCGUGUUGGGGGGGGGGGGUGCAGGAUGUCUGUCUCACUUGACUUCCUUAAGAGCAGCUUAAAACUUAAAGCCACAGGGUGCCAUGCAGUGUGUGUGUGUUUGUGUGUGAUUGUGUGUGUGUGUGUUUGUUUGACUUUCCUGAGCUGGUGUGUGCUGGGGGUUGAACAAGCUACUGAGGGGGGGUUGGGGGGGGCCUCUGAGCACACACAGUGCAGCUGGCGUACCGCACACUCGCGCUGUUAGGAAAGCUCUGUACGACUUCACACACUUUUUUUUUUUUUUUUAACUUUUCAGCAGACUAAGUACUGUAGUGUUAGAUUCUUUAAAAAAAACUAAGAAUGUCAAGAUUAAUGAGUAGAGGUGCCAAUUCUUGUUUUAAAAAAGGAACUAUAAUUUAGGAAAAAGUACCACAUAUUUUUGCAUUGUGCAAGAUGAUGAGUUAUGUGCUUAUGGGGAUGGGGGGGGGGUUACUGAGGGUAAGGGGGCUGUGCGCUGGUCGGCAGGCCAGUUUUUGUUUAACUGAGAGAUGGGAGGUGGGGGCAUGUUGGAGGCGAGGGCCCUUUGAGUACUGCUGAACAUUUUUUUAAAACCGUGGGCGACUUCCUCUUUGAAGAAUCCAAGAUGCAGCUUGUAUCCUUAAUGAACCUUUUUGAGUGAGUACAUCUUAUAUCAGAAUAUAUCUGUGUGUAUCCCAUUUUUUUUUUUAGAAAUAUGUACAUACAGAUAUACAUAUAAAUAAUAUCAUACACCUGUAACGUAGAUGCAUAAAUGUAUAGCACAGAAGCUGUAGUUGACAUUGCAUGGCAGUCAGUGGCUGUCUGGGUCUGGGCAGGCCACCUGCUGGUGAGCUGCAGUACUGUAGCACAGUGUGAUGUGAUUCCAGCCUCCACCACCAGGGGGCAGCACCUCUGACAGGCAGCAGGUUGGGGGUGAACAAAUCAAUGUUACGUGGCUUUAAAGAAACUCUACUUAAUGAAUAAUUAACACAAAUCCACCUUUUUUGUUAUGUUUUUACGUUUUAGUCACUGCAGUUGGUUAUGCUGUCAUUAGGAUAUUUGUUCCUGCUUUACACCCUGCAAGGUGGAUCUGAGACAUAAUGGAUCUGAGUGGGGUGAAGAAUAUUUGGUCAUUCUCCUGGACUGUUCGUGGUGGGGAGUUCCAUCUGUUUAUUAUUAUUGUUGUUGUUGAGUGACAUCAAAAUAGCUUCUGUCAAAAUGGACAAGGUCAUAAACUUAAAAGAAAAAAGUAGGCGGGACAAGUGGAGUGACGGUCCAAUAAGAAAUGGGGGUGGAGAGUGUUGUGUCCGUGUCCAUGCUAUGGACUGCAUUUACUAGAGAGAGAGAGAGGGGAAAAAAAAGCACCUUUGGGUCAGAGUUCACUGCUUUGGGCCUGUGAACGAGAACCCCGGCACCUUCUGUUCAGUUUUCCUCUAUCGGUGUGAAGGGGAGUGAAAUGAGGGGAGGGGGGGUGGGGGUUGGGGUUGGUUACGAACCAGUAAGAUGUGUCAUUUUGUUUUCCGUUUUGUUAAUAAUUUUGUCUUUUUUUAAAAUUAAUUUUGCAUUGUUAACCCCCCACACCCCACACCCCCCACCCUCAUCCCAGGCAGGCUCUGGGGGAGGUGAGGUUAAGGCCACAGUUCCUUCUUCCUGCUUGGCACUGCAGCCUGUCAGUCCCUGUACCCCCCCCCCACCCCCCAGUGCUCAGUUCUGUGCAUUUCGCUGACAGCAACCUGUAGACUUUUUACCCAGAGUCAUUACGUAUUACUCCUCUCCUGUAAUGACCCGGCAUACCAGAACUCAGCAGGAGAACCCUCUGACCCUCUGACCCUCUGACAUCACCCCCCCACCGGCUGUGGGAAGUGGGGGGGAGGGUCCCCUGUGGUCCCCCUGCCACCACACACACACACACACACACACACACACACACACACACACCACGCAGACGCACUCACAAACACACACACACACACACACACCACGCUUUUUGUCAUAUCUUGUCGAAAUGUAGCAUGUGAUUUGACAGUGCUCAUCACAGCACUGUUUCAGGCUGGGAGCUAAAUAUACCGAACAGAGCUGCUAAUUAGCCUUCUGUGGUCUUGGAAGGGGCUUGUUGUAGCUCCUUUCCUUCAACAGAGUACUUGAUGUUAAUACAGUUAUGGCAAACACACACACACACACACACACACACACACAGGGAGGGAGCUGGGGGCUGGGUCUUUUAUCCCUGCGACAUGUCUCUGGUAUGGCCCGGGGGGGUAAGCAGAUCUUUUUUGACUAUAUAUAUAAAUAAAUAUAUAUAUAUAUACAUAUAUAUAUAUAUACUGUAUAUUAUACAUAGAAGCACUAAUGAAGUUUGAUUGUUAGUUGUGCACUCACAGCAUGAGGUAUUAAUCCAGAACCGCUUUUCAAAAACCCAAUGCAGUAGCGUCUAUCUUCUGUCAGAGCCCGCUGUCACCCCUGUAGCGCCAGUGUUUAUCGCGUGUUCCAAGUGCCAAUAACUUUGUGAAUUCCUGACUGUGACCCAAUGAUAACGAGAAUUGCACAUUAACUACUGUAAAAAAACAAAAAAAUUAAAAACUACCAAAAAAAAAAAGUCAAAAGAAGAGAAAACUGAAUAUCUUAAUAAAAGGUUUGUAACAAA